GAGGUCAGUGGCAUAGCUUAUUUAUGAGUUGGCAGCACUGGAGACGAACAUCAUCGAGCAAGAAUGGAUUAGAAAAUUUACAAAAUUACAAAUGGCUUCCGUUUCCAACUUUCGGCUGCCGUAAUUCCUUGUUGGCAUGGUUUUAUAAAACAAGAUCACUUAAUUAGCCGAGACGAACGCGUUCAAUCGAAAUUUUAGAGGGUAUUGAAGUAACCGAUAACCAUGGGCAUACAAGAUUUACAAAUAUUUUUAGAAAACGAAGGAGUAGGUGUUGAUUUAUUUCGAAUCGCUAGAACCCAUCCUGGAGGCUUCCGGUUAGUACUCGACGCGGAAGGAUGCCUAGAUCGGCUUUAUGGCGGCUAUUUUUCAGAUUGGGCUUGUGGAGGCCAAUGGGCCCGCUGUGUGCAAUUCCUCACGACACUGGCACAAGCUUUGGCAGAACAUCAAGUAUCACUAUGUGUAUGUUUCAACGGUGCCCACCCUACCCCACCUGCGUUGCCACAGCACUGGAUACAAACUCAAUCAACUUAUAGGCAGAGAGUAAACUCUGUUUUGCGUCACAUUGUUACAAAAGGUACCCCACCUCCUAAGGUUUGGUGGGUGCCUCCAACAGGAUUACAUUCUUGUCUAAGGACUGCUCUGAGAUACCUCAACAUCCCAAUUAUGGUGUCCUCUGAUGACCAUUGCCAAGAGGUUGUCGGUUUGUGCAGAGAAAAGACUUACGCUGGUCUAGUGGGCUGCUCUGGGGAGUAUUUGGUGUUCCAGCCACCUAGAUACUUUAGUUCAUCCCAACUGAAACUUACAUACAGAUCGUCCCUGGAAACCAAAGAGUAUAUGGUACAUGAGCUGCCCAAGCUAUUAGAUGUUCCGCAAGAUCGUCUUUGCCUUAUGGCUGCACUCCUUGGUGGAGUUAUAUUAUCGGAACAAAGCCUCACUGAUUUUUAUAAACGUUUGGGUAUUACUCAAAAGAAGCAACAGGUUCCUCCUGAAACCCUAAUCAAGACUGUUGGACAGUUUGUACGAGAUUUACCAACAUCUGAUGUAGAUGCCGCAUGCAUUGAAAUAUUUGGUGAUCUGAAUGAUCUCCGUGCUGCCAAAUUAAAACAAGCUGUACAGUACUAUCUUAAUGGCACCAAAGAUGGCUUUCUCAAAUACAGGACUGCUUCUGGUCGCCGUCCGAAAAACAACAAGAAGAAUCAAAGACCAGAAACCAGCCCACAGUCGUCAUCUGCUGAUAUGGAUACCUCAAAACUAGCAACUGAGUCUUCAGAGCAUGAGCAAAAAGGCUUGGAAGAUUACAAAUUGGCUACAGCAAAUGCAUCGAUUAACGCCGACUUUAGCAUGGAAGAGCGUUGUCACGACUUGAGCAGCGGCGUGGCGGCGAUGGCGCUGGACGAGCCCGCGCGCCCGGCCGCCAAGCCCGCCGAGCCCACACCAAGCCAGCCUGACAAACCUUCGCCCAAAGAGGCGACGGCAAGCGGGAGUAGGCCACUUCUCGAUGACAGCAAUUGCCCGGCUGCCCCGUCGGAAGUGCUGCGCACGUGCGCCGAGCGCCACACGCGCGGCCUCAUGCACCCUCAGAUGCUGUCCAUCCUCACGCACCGCCAGGUCGCCCUGCCCGUGCUGAUGGAGGACGACAACCACCGGGAAAUACCAUCCAUACACCACUUCUUCCGCCCCAUCAGGCAAAAUGUGUAUGCCAUCUUGUACAACAUGCACCACCAUCGCUUCAUGGCUCAGAAGGCUAAAGAUGAAGGUACAGCAAGUACCUCGACCUUGAAUGAGCGAUGCACGGUACAAGUGGCUGAAUGGAUCUAUUCACGCGUAAAUCCUGGGAAGAGUCCAGAGAUUGUGCCUGGAGUCAUGCUUGAUUGGCCUGUGCCCACUGUACAAAGGCUUUGGUUUGGAACGGCUCAAGAUGAUAAGUGUCGCCGAAUGCGUGCAUUCCUUUCUUGUAUGCGCUCUGACACUCCGCUCAUGUUAAACACGUCGUAUGUGCCACAGCAUCUUCUUAUUUUAGCCACAGUUUUAAGAUUCAUCAUGACAUCGCAGAUACAAAUCUUGAGGCGACAAGAGCUGGAUGCAUUCCUGGCUACAGCUUUCUCUAACGAUCUUAUGAAUGCACUCCAUUUGCAGGAGAUGACUGUGAAUGGCAUGAGCUCGCGCGGCGUGCAGCUGGCGGCGCUGGUGAUGGCGGGCGCGGAGGCGGCGCUGAUGGCCAACGACGCGUGCGGCGCGCCCGUGCCGUGGCUGGUGGCCGCGCCCUGGCUCUACUUCGACGGCAAGCUGCUGCAGCGCAAUCUGUACCGCGCCGCGCACUGCAAGCACUUGGCGCAGCUCUGCGACAAUCACCUCGAUACCGUCGUCAAGGUCGAGAGGAUGCGCAAGGCCAUCCUGGAGGGACUGGAGGUGGAGUUCGCGAUGCCGCCGCUGCCGCUCGUGGGCGUGGUGGGCGAGCCGCUGGCGUGGCGCGGGCGUGGGCGCGGCGCGCGCCUGGAGAUCGCCGGCGUCGUGGUGGGGCAGUGGGGUGGCGGCUCGUACCCCACACAUCCCCGUGCGCCACGGUACCCACAGCAGGUGAGCUACGUGGGCUACACGCCUACACCGCGCAACGCGUACGGCGGGCGGGGCUGGCGCGGCGGGCGGGGCCGCGGGCGCGGACGCGGUGCGGCGCCGACCACGCGCGGUGCGGCGCGCACUCGUCGCCCGCGCGCGAACGAGCCCGCGAAGCCAGCCACACUCACUCUCAAUGGUAAAACCGUCAGGCCCGACGCAUUGAGCCCGCCGAUAGACGAUGGCAGCCCCCACGAAGAUAACUCCCAGCCUGAAAAUGACGGUGAAGGAACCCAACCUCAGAAAACUAAGACUGGAAAAAACAUAAAGAAGAAUUUAGGGAAAGGUAAAAAAAAGAGCUCCAACCAGAAGACUGAUGUAGCUCAGAGCUUGGAGGCCAACGGACCACUAGAUAAGAACAAGGUGACGGAACCUAGCCCUAAUUCUGAACAAGAGCACAUUGGCCAAGGUGAUGCACCAGUUACUAAUUAAAUGUUCCUUUAAUUCCAAAGGUAAAUUAUUCUACUUAUUUAUCUUAAUUUUGUUUCUAUAUUAUGUCAGUUACAGUUGAGAACAUUUUAACAUUAUAAUUUUUAGCAAUUUUUUUAAAAUAUUUUUUUUUAAGGAAAGCUUGUAUAAAAAUCUAGAAAUGACUUCUUAUUUUGCUAGUGAAUAUCGUGCGUAACGUUACGUUAGUAUGUAUUCAUUGGCAAGUGGCAACUACUAAUGCAUACAAGUGCUGCAUCAAAUCGAUAUACUAAUAAAAAGAACUGCAGGCAUAGUGCAUAACUGAUUAGGUUCCUGCGGUAUUGGAGUGUACUGUAGCCCACUGCCGCAGGAGCCUACUCAAUUAUGCACUAUACUUAUAGUAAAAUUUGGUAGUUGCUAAUGAAUACAUACUACUGUAAUGUUUAAAUUCAAGAACUUGAAUUGCCACUUUUGUUUAGUAAACAAUAUUUUUUCUGUAUUCACUAGCUGUGGCCUGUGACACAUUUUAAACAUAAUUUCGAGAUAAACAACAUUGAGAUAAAUUGAUAAAAUAAUUUUUGCACGUGUUUUCUGAGGUUUCAUGCAUAAAUAUUAAUACAAUUUAGAAACAAAUUAAAAAUAUAUGAUGAAAUUUUGGUGGUUGUCAGUAGAUGUCUCGGUAGCAAUGUAUACGUGCCUCAACAUCUAAGAGACUUCCCAAUCGUGAGACUGAUUUUGUAUUAAUUGAAUUGGCACACUGGAGUGCUCAAUUAAUUGUAAUAUGCAAGACAAAAUGACAGACCUUAUUUGAAGCGGCGGUUUCCGCUUCUAAUCCCUAAUUGAGACGACACAAUAUGGUCUCUCUGGAUAUUUUGUGAUAUGUAACUAUGAGCAUAAUAAUAUUUAUUAAAAACUAAGUUCCAUAUCAUAGAACAAAUAACAAAACAGCCGGAGUUGAUUCAAUAGCUACUUUAAGUAGUACAGUAUAUCUAAUAUCUAUUGGAAAGAUAACAUUGAACAACAGUUAUCUGACGAGUGAUAAAUUAGAAAAUAUAUAUUAAAAUUAACAUGUUGAUUGUUAAGUCAUGUUGUAUUAAAAUUUGAGAUGACUUAGUAAAAAAUAUGUUUAGUUUAGCAUAUAAAGUACUGAGUCAGCAUUAUUUAUUUACACAUAGUAUAUUUACAAUUUACCAAAUUAUAAUUUUUAUUUCUUACUUUGGUUUGGCCUAUGAAAUCCCUGAUAAAUAUAUUUGGACGAAAGACGAUUUGAGUUCUCAAGUUUCUACUAUCUGCCAUGAAGCUCUAAUUUAUGGCAGACCAGAUUUAGUAGGCUAAACCAAUCGUGUUCAGACUUGUUUUUAGGAUUCAUUGUUGUAUAUUUAGGCUUUAUUGAAUGAGUGAGUAUUCUGAACGAUCCGACAUUCGCAUACACUGCUAUCGUGGAAGACCCAUAAAAAUAUCCGCGAUGCCAACUAUUUAGAUCUUCAAUCCGAAGAAUAAUCUCAACAUUUCUGCAAUAGCAGUGUAAUCACAGUGCUGUGCUUGAGGCCAAUUGUUGAUGUGUCAGAGAUCCUUGAAAUGUUUGUAUCAUUGAAGUUUGUUAAGCAUGUGUUGAAGUCGGAUGUUUUAUACCAUAGUGGUAGGAAGGAUUAUAAGAUUAGAAUAGAAAUUGCAUUUAUUGAAUGACGGUGGUGCUUUGAAAAUUAGUCUGGGACUGCCUGAAACGAGUCUGAAACUCAUAGAUUUAAGUCUAACGAUAGACGUUUAAUAAAACUGAACGAACAUUCGGGUAUUGAGCUUUCCACAUCCUAUAGGGUAUUAUUUCGAUAGAAUAUCGUAGAUUUAUUAGUGAUAUAUUUAUAUGCAUUUUAGGAAUAUCAAAACUUCGAAUGUUCUUCACUUUAUAUGUAUUUUUGUAAAUUUGUUAUAUUGUUACACUUAAAUUAAGCUGGAAUGACUAACAACAAUUUUAUGAAGACAAAGUCUUGAUAUACUCGAUCAGUGCUAAACUGUCGAAUUGUAUCAUGGUACUUCGACCUACGUGAACUAUUUGCCUUGAUGUGGUGCAAAUCAAGAAUCAACGCAAAGCGGCGCCAUUUGUUGUGAAUGUUCAUUGCUAGAGAGCAGAUAUGUUAUAACACCAACUAUAUUCGCGUCCACCAAGUGAUUGAAAGGCACGCAUCGCAUUGUAGCAAAUCUCGCACAUAGGACGUAAUGUUACAUUCCAUUUCAAUAACAGAAUCGUUCGUCAACGUACGAACCGUCGACACCAGUAGAAUGGAACUAAAUGAAGACUUUACAAUUUGCUUAAACCCUGGCUGAAACAUAGGACAACAAUGUUGCCACAAUAACAUUAAUUGAUUUUAACGAAGAUAUGAACAGAGUGAGCACAGCUCACAGUGGGCACGAGUCGUGUCCCAGUGAUUGCCAAACAAAGUAUAAUGUAUUGCAUAUGACUAUUUUGUAUGACGGCCACGGGCUGGCCGGAGCCCGGCGCCGCCUGGGCUCAGUGCUGCAAGCAAACUGCCGCCUGAUGCGGCAGACACUAUAUAAACUUAUACUGCUUAUAUGCUUAUAAUAAACACGAUGUUUAGCAUUUAGAAUUUUAACUUCAACAUAUUUUUUGAUUUGUUUAAGAAUUAUGUAACAUUAAAAGCAUGUUAGAGGUUUGGUUAUAUUUCAAGGGGAAGGUCGGCAUUUUAUAUUAGUCGAUUUCGAACUGAAAGGCACUAUCAAUGUUUACUGUUUAUAAGUAAAAUAAAUGAUUUAAAAUGCCUUUUAGUUCAUAUGCCGCCGAUUCGGCGUAAAUAUAAUGUGUACUUUUGUCACAUAUUUUAAAAUGUAAUAAUCUUAGCUGUGUUUCCGAGAAGGAAGUAGAUUUUAUUAUUUUUCUCUUAAAACAUUAUUCACUAUAGUUUUAGAAUAUUCAACAGUGUAAUACCUUUUACUCCAUUUAAAACUUGUUUGCUGACAAUAGUCUUUUAAAUAUUGUCAACAUAUAAUAAAUGUACUAGGAAGUAUUUGUCAUGUAAUAAAUACAUAACACUUUUUUCGUAAUAAUUAUCGAAGUAGCAACAUGGAACUGUGGCUUUUUUGAAAACACUUAUAACUUAACUACAUAACCUGCUAAAUGUAUUAUUAAAGUUUAAAAAAUGUUCAUUUUACUAUUUAAGUUGAUGAACACAAAAAAAUAUUGGAUGAAUUUAAAUUGUAAAGAGUUGUAUUUGUCUUCAAAUAAAACGUUCCAUUAUUAA